AGUGUUCUCCAUUUCAGCUGGCUAUUGCAGCUUCUGUCAAACUAAGCUGUUCUUGUAGUAUUGAAAAUGACAACAUUUUGUAGGUUUCUUUUGGGGGUUGUUUUUAGUUUCGGGUGUUCAACAGGUAGUCUCGCUGGCAAGGUCUAUUCACAGAGUAAUAAUCAAGGGCCCCAAGUGCCAUGCCUUUUCAUAUUUGGAGAUUCAUUAGUUGAUAACGGCAAUAAUAAUGAUAUACUUACUCUUGCUAGAGCUGAUUACGGACCUUAUGGCAUUGAUUUUCCACAAGGUGCUACAGGGCGUUUCACCAAUGGCCGUACUUUCGUCGAUAUUUUAGCCCAGUUAUUAGGCUUUCCAAACUACAUUCUCCCUUACGCCAGGGCUCGUGGCCGAGCAUUACUUCAGGGAGCAAACUACGCCUCAGGAGCUUCUGGAAUUCGUGAUGAAACUGGAAACAAUUUGGGGGAUCACAUGUCAAUGAACCGGCAGGUCGACAGCUUUGCUAGCACUGUGCAGCAGCUGAAUAGGUACUUCAAAGGAGAUGGAAAUGCCCUUGGCAACUAUCUUAGCAAGUGCAUCUUCUACUCAGGAUUGGGGAGCAAUGACUACUUAAACAACUAUUUCAUGAGCGACUACUACUCAACCAGUUCUGAAUACACCCCUAGAACUUAUGCUGCUUCUCUCAUUGAGGAUUAUACCAAACAAUUAACGGAGUUAUACAAAUUGGGAGCUAGGAAAGUGGUGGUGACUGGAGUUGGACAAAUAGGUUGCAUACCGUAUCAGCUAGCACGAUAUGACGGUAAUGGUAGCAGGUGCAAUGAAGAGAUCAACAAUGCCAUUGCCCUCUUCAACACAGGCCUCAAAAGACUGGUUGAUAGAUUUAACAAGGGCCAGCUUCCCGGGGCGAAAUUCAUUUACCUGGAUUCAUUUCAAAGCAGCCAGGACUUAGUCCUGAAUGCAAAAACUUAUGGAUUUGAAGUGGUGGACGAGGGAUGUUGUGGGGUAGGAAAAAAUAAUGGACAGAUAACAUGCCUUCCUCUUCAAAUGCCGUGUGAUGACCGCCAAAAAUACUUGUUCUGGGAUGCGUUUCAUCCAACUGAAGCUGCUAACAUUUUACUUGCCAAGAAAGCCUACAUUUCCAAGUCUAAAUCACAUGCGUAUCCGAUUAAUAUACAGCAGUUAGCCAUGCUCUAGAACUUCUGAGAAGUCUCUUACUUCAUUUCAUACAUUCAACAGUGUAUCAUUGUAGUUUGUGCUCCACUUCUUCAGUUAAUUGUCAACUCAUUCUAGUUGAAAUA